UAAACUUCCGCGUUCCAAAGUUUGGUGAAAGACGUACUGAAAGAAAGAAAAUGGAGGUAUCUGGAAAGGUAACUUCGACAUUAAAGACGAACUUAAACCUCUACUGUAUUACGUGUGAUACAGAUGGAUUAAAGGAGCCAGCUUACGGAUUUUGUCAAGACUGCCAAGAACAUCUUUGCAAAAGUUGCUUUCAACAUCACAGAAGGUCAAAGCUAUCUAGAAACCACGUACUGCUUGAUAAAGACGCUAUGCCAACACAACAAAUGGCCGUUGACGACGUAAAUGCAGAAGUAAUUACGGACAACUGUACCAACCAUAGGGAUAAACCACUGGAGUUCUAUUGUAACAAUCACAAAACUGUAGCAUGUUAUGUCUGUGUUACACUUGAACACAAACAAUGUAAAGUUGACUAUAUUCCUGAUGUUUCAGGUAACGUAUCUGGCGAGUGGAUAGAUUUGAACAAAAAGAUGGAAGAUUUAGUCAAGAAAUGUGAAAAUAACAUUAUGAAGGCUUCAGCUGCUACAAAGCAACUAGAACAAAGUCGUGGAAAAGUUGUUGAAGACAUACGGCUCUUGAGAAAAGAAAUAAACGAUCGUUUAGAUCAGAUGGAAUCGAUGAUGAUAAAAGAAGCUGAAGCUGUUGUUAACACAGCAAACUACAAACUCGAGAAUAUCCAGGUUGCUUGUGAAAAAAUAGCCGAGGAAGUAAAACGUUCACAGUCAUUUCUAAAUUCCCUGAAGGAAGCAAAAAAGCAGAAUAAGCUUUUUAUUGUUAUGAAGAACGUCACACCACGUAUGAUGACACUGGAAAGUGAAGAAAUACAGAUUGUCCAAGAUAAUAUGACAUAUGACACCAUUCAAUUUGAUCGGAACCAAAAGCUACUUGAUCGCUUGAAAAAUGGGGAAAAAUUUGGAACAAUUUCAACAUACCGAAAAUCAUCAGAAGAUACUGAAAUAUGUGUGAAUUAUGAAAGAUCGCACAAGGUGACUUUUCCUUCUGAUAAAGAAAAAAGCAGUGUCAUUGGGAUGGUAAUGGUUUCUGCCACACAAAUUGUCAUCGCUGAUUACGGUAAUAAAAAAAUUAAAACGAUAGAUGUAAACACAGGAUCGUUUUUGUCAGAGAAGACGCUGUCUUCAGCACCAUGGGAUGUUAUAAAACUUCCACAGAAUAAACUUGCAGUUACAUUGCCUGAUGAAAAAUGUCUCCAGGUAAUGUCUUAUACCGAUACAAGUUUGUCAUUAGAUCAUCGAAUAGAUGUCGGAGAAUGGUGUUAUUGUGUAGCUUAUAGUCAGGGCAAGCUAGUAGUGGGCUGUAAUUAUAAUCCAGGAAAGCUGGUUAUUCUGGGUUUAGAUGGGCAAUUGAAACAGGUGUUUGAUACUCCUAGAUUGUUUGAUGGACCUGAAAAGAUUAUAAUUAGCAGAGAUGAGAAGUUCAUGUAUGCGGUUGAUGAUAACUCCGAUAGAAAAAAUGGCAAAUGUAUUAAGAUAGACUGGCAAGGUAAUGUUGUACAAAGAUUUGAGGAUCAAGAAUAUGUAUUUCCUAAAGGAAUACAGGAGCUGGAAGAUGGUACGUUGUUAGUUUGUUUCUACGACAGUGACAAAAUUGUCAGACUGUCAAGCAGCUUCAGAAAAUGUGAGAUUAUAGGAUUAGAGAAAAUAGACUUCCGUUAUCCAAAGGCUGUAACAUACAGUAAAAGUAAUCACAAAUUAUAUGUAAGUUGUUCGUCUCAGCGGGGGUGUAUUUCAAAUUAUACAAUAAAAGUAUUCAAUGUGAAAUAGACUAAUGGUAUGUUUUGAAUGUGAAUAUUAGCUGCAAUAAGGCACAUUCAUUGAUGGGUCUACACAUCAAAUAAGUAGCAACACAAUCAAUUCAAAAACACAUUUAGAUAAAUAUUGUAUACUAAAAGUAGAUAUGAUUUUUGUUAAAUUCAAAUAUGUAAUAAUUGAUGAUCAUCAUUUACAUUCCAUGUUAAAGAACAACCAUUUCAGUUACAUAUGUAUAUCUCCAGUGAAUAUUUCCAUUUUGAAUUUAAUUUAUGAUUCUACUUUGAAGAAGUGUUAACCCAAUUUUCCUUUUUUAGGGUAUGUAAAUAAGGAAUAUUAUUUUGACCUGCUUAAAUAUAAUAAGCAAAUGUUGCAUAUCUCUUAAUAUUCCAUGACAAAACAGAAAAAAUAACAUUUCAGUACGUAUGGGCAGACAAGUGUUUGAUUUGUAAUAGUAACUAAAUGAUAAUUGUUGACUUCAUCAGUGAUUUUUAAAAGAAUCUUACUAUUAACAUGUCACGUGGUUUGAUAUCAGCUGUAUAUGAAAGUAAACUUGUGGACCAUAGAUACUUAUUAUGUUGCAGAAUUGUUACAUUCAAAAAAAUUUCAUAC